AUGGGAAUUGCAACAAGAGUUUGCUUCCUAGUUCUUGUUCUGGUCUGUACAUUUCUCAGAGAAGGGAGAGCCGCGACAUUCACGUUCGUCAACAGGUGCACGGGGACGGUGUGGCCGGGCAUCCAGUCGAACGCCGGGAGCUCUCGGCUGGACCCGACGGGCUUCGUCCUGCCGCCGGGGACGUCGCGCGCGGUCCCGGCGCCGUCGGGGUGGUCCGGCCGGGCCUGGGCACGCACCGGCUGCGCGCAGGAUGCGAGCGGGAAGGUGGUGUGCGCCACGGGCGACUGCGGGUCGGGCUCCCUGGAGUGCAACGGCCAGAACGCGGCGACGCCGGCGACGCUGGCCGAGUUCACGCUGGCCGGCGGCGGCGGCGACGACUUCUACGACGUGAGCCUCGUGGACGGCUACAACCUCCCGAUCCUGGUGGAGCCUGCGGGCGGCGCCACGGGCGCCACGACGUGCGCCGCGGCCGGGUGCAGUGCGGACCUCAACGAGCGGUGCCCCGCGGAGCUGCGCACCGAGGGCGGCGCCGGCUGCCGCAGCGCCUGCGACGCCUUCGGCAAGCCCGAGUACUGCUGCAGCGGCGCGUACGCCAACCCCAACACCUGCCGCUCCACCGCCUACUCGCAGCUCUUCAAGUCGGCGUGCCCCAAGUCGUACAGCUACGCCUACGAUGACCCCACCAGCACCUUCACCUGCGCCGGCGGCCGCGACUACACCAUCACCUUCUGCCCCGUCGCCACCCCAAGCCUGAAAUCGUGGAGUGGCCCUGGAGCGACGACGGCGGCACCGACAGGCCCAACGCCGACGCUGCCGGGGGCGACGCCGCAGAUGCCGCGGUCGGCAGGUGGGCAAGGCGGCGGCCCCGACGGGCAGGGCGUGAUGCUGGGCGACAACUCCUGGCUCGCCAGCCUCGCCACGGGCGACGCGCCGUCGGGGCCGCCGGCGCUCCGGGCCUCGCUCCUCGCGCCGCUCCUGCUCGGCGGCCUGCUGCUGCUGGUGCUAUAG